AGGAAUAAAUGAGAUGUUAAAUGUUUUAUGUUUAACUGUAUGAACAGUUUGCGCUUAAAUUUGUGAUUUUGGAAGUUUAUCUGUGCGCGCGACAUUAGCACUGUUAGCUUCCGACUCUUCAUUAUUUACUAUUAAUAUUUUAUAUAAAAAUAAAUAAUGGAUUUUAAUGUCAGGAGGUUUGCAGCUGACGCUGGUACUUUCCUCAGCCGGGCAGUUCAGUUCACAGAGGAGAAAUUCGGACAGGCGGAGAAAACCGAACUGGACGCUCAUCUGGAGACCCUGCUGGUGAAAGCCGACGGCACCAAGCACUGGACCGAGAAAGUCAUGAAGCAAACAGAAGUGCUGCUGCAGCCCAAUCUGAAUGUGAGGGUGGAGGAGUUUCUGUACGAGAAGCUGGACAGGAAGAUCCCGGCGCGAGCGAACAGCCACGAGCUGCUGGGGGAGUGCAUGAUCGACGCCGGGCACGAGUUCGGAGCCGGCACGGCAUACGGCAGCGCGCUGAUUAAAUGUGGAGAGGUGGAGAAGGAGCUGGGCAGCUCCGAGAAGCAGUUCAUCCAGAGCUCGGCCAUCAACUUCCUCACUCCGCUCAGGAACUUCAUCGACGGAGAUUAUAAAACCAUCUCGAAAGAGCGGCGGCUGCUGCAGGUGAAGCGUCUGGACCUGGAUGCUGCUAAAACCCGGAUGAAGAAAGCUCGCUCAGCAGACGCUCGAUCUGCAGAGUUCCUCUGCGCCCCUGCACCCGGACUGGAGUACGUCUCUCACUUUACUCACACUCUCUCCUUCUUGCAUGUCAAAUGGCUGAAGGUUUGUUCUGCUCUCCGUGUGAAGGCAGAGAUGGAGCUGAAGAUAGCUCAGAGCGAGUUCGACAGGCAGGUCGAGAUCACCAGGUUACUGUUGGAGGGGAUCAGCAGCACCCACGCUCAUCACCUGAGGUGUCUGAGUGAUUUUGUGGACGCUCAGGCUGCGCACUACGCUCAGUGCUAUCAGUACAUGGUGAACCUACAGAAGCAGCUCGGCAGCUUCCCGUCAGCGUUCUCCUCCAAUAACGACCGGCCUGCCGCCUCCACGCCCGGUAUCUCCGUUCCUGCCACCUUACCCGCCACCCCGACUCCAGCCCUAACCCCGGGUCAGAGUUCACCGAGCCUCAACGAGCUGAGGAACUCCUGCGGUCCACGCCGAGCGCGCGUGCUCUACGACUACGACGCCGCCGGCAGCACUGAGCUCUCCUUAUUGGCUGAUGAGGUGAUCACGGUGAGCAGCGAGCCAGGUCUGGACUCUGAUUGGCUGAUGGGUGAGAGAGGGCAUCAGAAAGGUAAAGUGCCCAUCACCUACCUGGAGCUGCUGAACUGAGGGAUUAGAGCACACACCCUGCGUGCACCUGAAGUCUGAAGCCAUAAACACCCACGGUGUCGCCGCCUUUCUGCCAAAGUUUAACUUUUAUGCUUUUGGUUCUGGAUUUUUGUGCCAACCGGAUGAAUUUUGGAGCUUGAUGCUGAACAGUAGCACUUUUAUUUACAUUAACAGGAUAAACGUGUAGCUGCAGGUCGUGUCGAGUCGGCCGCGUGAUUUAUCAUAUAUACGAAAUCAUAUCGAUGGACGGGCGCAUAUGUGCUGCAGCAGUACAGCAUCCUGGGAUCCAGGGUUCGAAUCCACAGCGUCCACAUACAAGCGUGAUUGGCUGUGCCUGACGGGGAGGAGGUGACCGAGGCCCUGCGAUGGACCGUGUUACUGCGCUGCGCCGCGCCCGGUGAUUCCAAAUCCAAGAAAACCUGACCCACUCAGACCCUGACCAGGAUGCAGCGUAUUUAUGAGCGUGACAGCGUUACAGCCGUCAGAUUCAGAGCGAGUGCAUAAACACACAAACAAUAAAAUUGAUUUGACGAAACCUGAAA